AUGCACUCCAGCAGCAAGCAGUUGGCUCUCCACCUGUUUCUCCUAUUUGUGGGUAGUUGCAGUCCUGCCAAAAAGCCCUUCCAGUCCAAUGGGACUUCUGUUCAGUCGAGUUUGAGUCGCUCGAAGCGCGUGGCCAUCUUUAAUGGUUCGGGCACAAACAAGAUUGUUACAGGACUGGCCUAUCCCGUCAAAGAGGCGGAUCCGGUGGAGUCCUUAUGGGGAUUCAUUAACUACCAAGCGCAAUAUGUACCCUCCCCAAUUCCCAUCUAUUGGUGGAGUUUCUGGAAUACCUCGACUUUUGUUUCAACGGCCAGAGAGUGGCAUAAGGAUAUCAAAAUUCAGUGGAGGCAGGACGAAACUCGAUUUUGGUUGUACGAUAUUAUUGAAACAGGCCUUGAGCGGAUUGGUGGCAAACAUGGAAGUGCAUGUCUUUUAAGAAGCAUUUGUGAGAUAUGUCAGAGACCCUUUCAGCACAAUAAUAUGUUUGGUGAGAUACUGAAUGCGGUGCUGAUACCUCGAAUAGACAAUGUUCCUGAAAGAUAUUUACAAGCCAGAGAUGCUGGGAAAGCUGGUGCUGACUGUAGGAAAACAUAUUACGAAUGCACUAAAGAACUAUGGUGCAAACUUACCAAAAUGACUAAGAUCACUUUCUAG